UUCUAUAAAAGCGCAUCCACGAUUUUUGUGCGAAACAAUUGAGUUUUGAUCAUGAGAGUGAUAGCGGUCUUUGGUUUGGUUGCAGCCUUUGUGGCCUUGAGCAAUGCUUAUGGCGUAUCUCAUGGCGGUGGUUCUAAGGAAGGUGGCGGCUCGCUUGGCUUUGGAAUAGGUGGCAGCAGCGCAACUGCCACGUCGUCGUCGUCGUCAUCGUCGUCGUCUGUAUCGGCAGGUGGUACUGGAAGUUAUGGCGGAAACCAUGGCGCUGGAGGAUUUGGUGGAGCCCACGGUGGUAGCGAUUCCGCUUCGUCAGCGGAUGGCGGCAUUGGUGGUGGACUUGGUUCCGGCUUGGGCUUAGGAAUUGGCGGCAACAUAGGACUUGGAGGUGCAGGCAUUGGAGGCGGAAUCGGUGGUGGUGGCGGCGGUACCGGAGGUUAUGGUGGCGCUAAAGGCUCAGGCUCUGCCAGUGCUAGUGCUGGUGCUAGCGGUGCAGCAGGCGGAAUUGAUGGCACUGGUGGUGUGGGCGGUUAUGGCGGUGGUGAAGGAUCAGCCGCCGGAGGACACGGAUCAAGCGGUGCCAUAGGUUUUGGCGGUGCAGGCGGAAUAGGUGGCGGCAAAGGCGCAGGUCAUGGACCGAUUUCUGCAGGUAGUUCAGCAGGAGCAGGAGCUGGUGGUGAAGCAAGCGGUAGCAUUGGUGGUGGACUUGGUGGAUCGGCUGGAGGUUAUGGAUCAGGCGGUUCCGGUGGCUAUGGAUCAGGUUCUGGCAAUGCUGCAAGUGGAGCAGGCGGUGCAAUUGGUGGAGGAAUUGGCGGUCAUUCUGGAAUUGGAGGCGGACUGAACGGUGGCAUUGGUAUCGGUGGAGCAGGCGGUGGAGCGGGUGGAAACUUUGGAGCUGGAGGUGCCAGUGGUUAUGGCGGUGAUAAAGGCGCUGCCGACGGUUAUGGAUCAGGUUCAGCUGGUGCUGGCUCUAGCGCUGCAGGUGGAGCAGGCGGUGCUAUAGGAGGAGGAAUCGGUGGAACUGGUGGUGCCUUUGGAGGAGGUAUCGGUGGUGUAGGCGGUUUUGGAGGCACGGGCGGUAGCGGAGCUCAUGGAUCUGCAUCGGCAGGUAGUGCGUCUGGUACUGGCGCUGGAGGUGGAGCAGGCGGGCACGUUGGAGGUGGCAUCAAUGGUGCUGGAGGUGCCGGUGGUUAUGGAGGUGGCAAAGGUGAAUCGGGUGGUUAUGGCUCAGGUUCAGCUGGUGCCGGCGGUUAUGGCGUCGGUAAAGGUGCAGCUGGAGGUCAGUUAUCCGGUUCCGGUAAUAUUGGACUUGGAGGCGAACUGAAUGCUGGCCUAGGACUCGGUGGGACAGGCGGCAAAGGCAUAGCGGGAAGUCAAGGAGCGGCAUCGGCUGGUAGUUCGGCAGGUGCUGGUUCUGGAAGUGGUGCAAUCGGUGGCAUUAAUGGUGCUGGAGGAUAUGGGCCAGGUUUCGCUGGCUCUGGCGCUGGUGGACAAGGUGGAAUUGGUGGUGCUGGUGGAAUCGGCGGUUAUGGCAAUUCUGCAGGCGCAUCUGGAGGUCAUGGAUCCGCAUCAGCAAGCAGUUCCGCUGGAGCUACAGGUGGUGGUAUUGGAGGGGAAAACGGUGGUGCUGGUGGUGCCGGAGGUCAGGGAGGCUUCGGUAUUGGAGGCGCUGGUGGACACGGUGGUCACGGUGGUGGACAUGGAAACCGCGGUCAUCAUGGACAUGGACAUGCGCAUGGCGGCGCUGGUGCCGGUGGAAGCUUAGGACUCAUUCCUGGUCUUGGUCUAGGCGCAGCCUUGAGUGGUGGCUUUAGCGGUGCCGGUGGACAAAGCGGUGCUGGUGGAUUUAGCGCAGGUGGCUUGGCCCCUGGUGGAUUUGGUGCUGGUGGCUUUGGAAAUGGUGGGCAUGGAGGUGGUGGAUACGGCGCUAGUGGUGGGCGUGGCGGUUAUGGCAGCUAUGGUGGCAGCUCAGCUUCGGCGCAUUCAUCUGCAUCAGCAUCAGCUGGUUAUGGCCGAUAAAUACCUCACCUUUCUUGUCAUUAGAAUAGAUCGCAUGCAUUUGUAUUUUAAAAACGCCGAGAUUUUAUGUGUUCGUCUGUGAUUAAAAUUGUUUAUUGCGAAUCAUUAUUGUAAUAAAAAAAUAUUAAAACAA